GUGUAGAUUAUUUUGUGUAACAUAAACAAAGGUGUGCAAAUAAAAGCGCCGCACUGCUGUGCAGCCGCAUUUUUAAAACGCAUAUAAAAUAUGGCCUGGGCUCCAUCAACGAACUUCGAGGACGAUUUGGUCGAUUUACAGCCUGAUUUCAAUCUAAUACAUGGACAGCUGGCGUAUGAAGCCAAGCGAAAGCAAGACUUUAUUCCCCGUCCAAAGUCUACUUACGAUUAUUUAGCUAAACGGGAAGAACGAAAUGCGGAGAUUGAAAAACAUCGAAGUGUCAAGUCAAAGGAAAUUAGCGCCAGUCUAGCCAUGAUGGAGCGUAUUCAGGCUAUAGCUGGCACUAAGCCGUUAGGUGAGCACGCGACAAUGUCAGAUUGGGAUGAUAAGAGCACCGUGGAGAAAGAGGCGAUUGCUAUGAUGCGACAUUUCGGCAUGAUGUCGAUGACUGAUGGCUCAUUAUCUCCGGCACGAACUGAAUCUGUGCCAGACGGCAACAUUCAUGUUAUGCGCAAUGGUCGACAUAGAAUGCCAUUGAUCUUGGAUCCCAAGUUCUUUGAGCCAGGUAAAAAGCGACAAACAAAUAGUUCUAAGAACCAAAAGAAAAAGGAUUCGAGAAGUAAUGACAGCGUCUAUAGUACUCCUGAUUCACAUUUGGAUGAUGCAGAGAGCAAUCAAGAUGACAAGUCAUAUGUCGAAAUACCAUAUCAAUUGCUCGUAGACAUACAAGAAACGGAAUCAUGCAAAAUUAAUAAAGCAAAUACUCAUAUGAAAAUCCCGAAAAAGUAA